AAUGUUUGUUUUGCGUCACAAUUGGACAGGAAGUUGCUUUGAAACGCUGCCUUGAGUAAGGUUGUGUGCAUAAUUUUUAUUUUGACAGCAGCUAUAGGUGGCUACACGUAAUUGUUUAUAUUAAGCAGGGCAAGGAGUAGUGUUGCUUAAAGGCAAAAAGAAAACUGGUCAGGUUUCCGGCAGCUAACAUUUAGAAAAUUCAAGCUGUUUAUACACUACUGCCAGGAGGAUGUCGAAUUGUACUUUCCAGGCACAGCUAGUGUCCAUCAUGGAAAUACUGGCCAAGGCGGCCGUAGCAGAGAUCAACCGACGAGUGAACGACAGCUGCGCGGUGAUCCGUUUGGAGGUGAGACGGAGCCAGAGGGACAUCGAUGCCCUGAAAAGGAAAUACCAUCUCAUGGACAACGAGCUGCGGAAGACAAGGGGACGAGCAAGGAAAAAAGUGCCGAUGUGUGUGACGUCUGACCGAUACACUCCGACUCCAAGGAGUGUGUGUAUCCAAGACAGGGCGAGUGUGUGGAGCGAAGAACACACCAUCGUCCCAGAACAGAGGCAACCACCACCUGUGCAGGACCCACAUCUACGUCCUUCUGAUGCGGUUCCUUUGAUCAAAGAGGAGACAGAAGAGGACAACCUCUGGGUCAGAGAGGGAGACCAGGUGACCUAUUCUCUCAUAGGCCCAGACGGAACAAUCCCUGCAGGGGAAACCAAAGCGUCUCUAACACCACUGGACGGACAACAUGACACAAGUGCCACACACACAUCCCAGCAGAGCGUAGGAGAGCAGGAGGCGCACAACACACUGGAGGUCCAGGUGAAGGCCGAGGAGGAGGACGAUGGUGAAAGGAAUGAGGAAGAGGAGAAAAAGGAGGAGAGGAGUGAAGGGGAGGCAACAGGAGAACAGCAGCAGCAGCAGGGCUUAGGGCAAGGAGAGUUUGGCCUGGAGCAUCACGGCACCCCCGUGUGGACAACAACCACGAAUGACUUCAGCACAGAGACGUACUCUCACACCCAGCCUCUGUCUGUGCCUCCACCCCCUCCUGCCCUCAUGGGCUCCGCUGCUGCCAUGGAACAUUCUGGAAACUCUGCCGUCUUGAUGGCCAGGAACGCGGGGCAUGUUGGGUGGGGCAUUCAAGAAGAUGGACAGGCUUGCAAUGCUGAUCAUGUGACCCGGGAGCCGAGCGUCAGCCGGCCCCAGCUGGGCUUUAGAGCUGGAGGCGGACCCGCGCUGGGACUGGGUAGUUACCGCGGAAACAGCGUUGUUGGUGGUUUCAGCAACGGCGCCGCCACUGGGUUUCACGCUGGUGCCCUGCGGCGUCUCCGGGCCCAGCAAUGGCGCUCAGUCGGAGUGGUGGGGUCUUCGUCUGCAUCUUCCUCCACCUCAUCCUCUUUAUCGUGUGCGGAGCGGCGUGUGUACGGCUGCUCUUUCUGCCCGAAGAGCUUUGCGCGCCUGAGCCAGCUGAAGGAGCACCUGCGCAGCCACACGGGCGAGAAACCGUUCAGCUGCGCCACCUGCGGCCGCCGCUUCACCAAGCACUGCAACCUGGUGCGCCACGCCGUUGUGCACAGCGGCGAGAAGCCCUACCGCUGCCCGACGUGCGCCAAGUGCUUCACGCAGAGCUCCAGCCUCAAGUCGCACCAACGCACACACCUCCUGCCCCACAGGGAGGGGGCGCUGCUCUCAGGGCCAGGCACGUCCCAGGGCUACAGGGGCUUCACGUAGAGGCCUGCCGGAUAUUCAGGACCAGAGAAGGUGUUGGAUUGAAGGUGCAGUCCGCGAUUCUAAUCAAAUACAGUUUUGGUCAGAUUCAACAAAUUGCUACUCACGGUCCUCUAGCUUUCUGUUUUGUGCGUGUAUUCAAAAAAACCUAAAAACAUCUUCAGUGUAAAUGGGAGACAGACAUAGUAGAUAAGGCUGAGCCAUGAACAAUUCCGGCCAAACAAUACUUUGCUUUAGGAGCACGGAAGGGAGGGGUGUAAUUUAAUUGUCUGUUGAGCUCAUAUCAACAACCCUUCGCCUGAAUCGCAGACUGCACCUAUAAAUAUGGAGGAAGGCUGGACAGGGUUUAUAUACUGUAUGUUUCAUUUAGUAAGUUUGUGAAUCCUAAUAACGGUGAUUACAUGUAUAUAUAUGUGUGUGUGUGUGUGUGUGUGUGUGUGUAUGUGUACCCUAAUGUUGACUGCAGAUGGUUCUUUAGUCUUGAGGAGAAUAAACAUUUCUGUACAUUA